GAAACCCAAACCCCAACACGUAUCCGGUUUUUUUACCUGAAAAGAACCACAAGAUGGAGGCUUUAGAAAGCAGUGUCUCCAAGUUCAGGCUAAACGAUCUGCAGCUGGCCGCGGAACUCGAAAAAACCCUGCUGGAGCGCAACAAUGAACUGGACACGCAGAUGAAGUUGUACAAGGCCAAGGCAAAGGAGCAAGAGCGCGAGAUAGUUCAUCUGCGCAAACACAUCAAUGCCUUGGCCGAAGAGAACGACACCCGGGUCAAGGUACUUGAGCAGGUGGACGCUGGGAUUCAGGAGCUGGAGCGGGUCAACCAGCGGCUGACUGUGGAGAAGAGUCGCGCCAAAAAGCAGAACCAGCUGCUGACCACUAAUGCCGAAGUCCUGGAAGCGCGCUGUGAGGAUCUGACCCUGCAGCUGAGCUUGGCCCGGCAGUCGCUGAGCAAGGUCGAGCGUCAUCGGCAGGAGCGCCACACCAAGUUAACCAUUUCCAACAACCAGGAAAUGGUUUAUCACCAGUUUCAAGCCAAAGUCCCGGCCGAGAACCACUCGCUUUGUCAUGCCAACUCAGUCAAAGAGAAUUUCCUGAACAGCGAAGACAGGAAGGAGCUGGACAGGCUGCUACGUGAAAUGGAAACCACCAAGCAGGACUUUCUCGCCGAGCAGCAGCGUUGCGCUGAUCUGGAGGAGCAGCUGGGGGCCAUCAUCCAGGAGAACCAAAGCCUGCAGGGUCGCCUGGCCGAAGCCAGUGGCAGCCAUGAAACGAUGUCCCUGCAAGGAGAGCUCUCACUCCUAGACGAGGUGGUACAGGGCCAGUUGUGCACACGCUGCCUGCGAUUCAUCAAACAAGAUCUCGACGAGCAGUCAAUCCCUGCCUCCUCGGAAGUGAUCUCUCGCAGUGGAAGCACCUCCCAGGAUCGCUUUCUGAAAACCGCCAACGAUCUCCAACUGAACGCCAAUGAAAGCUUAAAUCCUUAUCACGAAGUAGUCGAGAAAUUUGAGGCUUUGCUAGAGGUUCAGCGGACUUCCAGCGCCUCGAGAAAUCUUGCCGAGGCCAAAAAGACCAGCGACUGGGAUGCUUCUCCAGGCUUGAAGCACAAAAAGAAGGAAAGUAGGUCAAAGGAAUUCGUGGUAAAGCUCAAUAUUGCGCCUAUUGAACUCUGGGAGACGGAGAGCUCCUCGUCGGGUGUCUCCUAUGGAACGGACAGCAAGUACAGCCAGACCAACGAAUCUCAGUUUCGUAAACAUCCCGGCGAGCAUUGGAAACUCUACCAGGAGCAAAAGUCCGACGAUAAGCCGGGAUUGAUUCAGGGAAGUGCCAUAAUUGCUAAAUCCCUGAAGAAGGAAUCUCCUAAGGUGGUAUCCUCGGCCAGAAAGCCCCUACAACCUCCGACAACCGCCUCCAAGCCGAGUGCGGUCUGUGAGCCCUCUCCCAUUAAGUCUAUUGUGGAGAAUGGACGCUUGCGGAAGCCACUUCAGCGAAAGCCCCAGGAAUACCAAACAAUAGCAGCUGGUGUCAAAAAGAAGAAUCGCCGGCAGCACCGCCACCAGAGCUAUGAUAAUGUGACCCGGAAACGUCAACCCACCAGCGAGCAGCGUAACCCAGACCUCAUGGCACAGGGCAGUAUCUCGAAGGUGUUGAAUAUAUCCCGUGGAUGCGUCAAUGCUCCCUUAACCUCAGAUACUUCUCUCAAGAAAUGCGGUCUAUCCUACGCCGAGGUACUACGACAAGCCAACAAAUCCGGCAAUUAGAUUCCCUCCAGAUUGCAGAGCAUAGGAUAAAGCCGCUAAUAAAUCUGUUUCUUUUUUUAGAGUUAAUAUUUAUACCCAAAUCCGAUUUUGUA